AUGGAUUCCAUUAGAAGUUCACAAAUUGAGAUAGCUAUACAACGCAUGUCAGAGUCAGUGUUUGUGGCGAUGUGUCAUAAAGUAGGGACCUCACGACUGGUGGCCAUGAGGAGAGAUGUGAUGGACAUCAGUGAUACUGUGGGAAAUCAAGUGAGCAAACGUGAGAAGGAGACUGUGAUGUUGAGUGGAAGUCAAGGAGAAGGAUUCAGAAUGGAAGGAUCAGAUGUAGACAUGAUGAUAUGGUCAAAUGAUAUUCGUGUAAUAUGGGAUUUAUCUCAGUCUCAGUAUUACAGCCCACAGAGAAAUCCACUGAUUCUCUGUGACUGUUCUGAUAGUCCACCAGGAUUUACUUUGUUAUAUUUACUGUCACCAAUCACGGAAAGAGACAGCCAGAUACUCUGUGUUAAAAUGAAUAAUAAACAUUAUAUAUCUAGUUCUAAAUUCAAACAAAUCACAUGUUCCCAAUCACAUUUAAACUCGACUCCACAUGGACCCUGUGCCACUCGAACAGCUGGAAUGAUAGAAGUUGAUCAUGCCCAUUGUUUUGCUAAUGACUUUUGGCCUCCAUCUGCCUCUUCAUGGAUAGACAGAUGUCACUCAUGGCCACUGUCUCAUGUUGUUAAUGAUAUAGUGAAACAUGGAUGUCACUUAGUAGCAAUAGGACAUAGCUUAGGAAGACAUGAAGAUCACGAAUGGAGAAUUUCUUUCUCUCUGGCAGAACAAAAACUUGUGUAUGCAAUGAACCACUGUCAAUUCUUAACAUAUGGCUUACUUAAACUGUUCUUAUCAGAAAUAAUUAACAAUGGACUAAGUGAUAAUGAAAAAUUACUGUGUUCAUAUCACAUGAAGACGGCAGUUUUCUGGGUGAUUCAACAAAAGAUAAUUUCGCACUGGUGUCCACAAAAUCUCCUAAAGUGUUUCUGGGUCUGCUUUAAGCUCAUCCUCAAAUGGGUUUAUGAAGGGGUCUGUCCAAACUUUUUUAUACCCGGCAACAACAUGUUUCUGAGUAAAAUUCAUGGCGACAAACAAAAUGAACUAUUUAUUAGAUUGCAUGGGUUGUAUGUGGAGGGUUUAUCAUUCCUCUUACACAUUCCCUCCAUUAGGUCUUAUAUCAUAAUUUUCCUCCCUAUCCCCAAACUCUCCAUCUGUACAGAUGAACAAACUCUAAAUUUUGAGAAUGAGUUUGAUAGAAAUCUAUAUGCUGAAAUAAUAUAUGAUUACGCAAUACCGAAUUCGAAUUUGGACAUACAAGGCUGUACUACAUAUCUACAUACAAUAGAACAUAUGAUAAGUUCACCCCUCCUGACACAGUAUCAAUUCCUCAAGCUACAGAGACUUACAGCUAAUGUCCUUCGGGGAACUGCUUUUAUAUUACGCAUGGAAACUUACACAAACAAAAACAAACUGAGGUAUAGAGUUGACAAAAUGUCCUGCCACAUGCUGAAAUUAGCAGCCAAGUUUGGUUGUAUUACUGAUAUGAUGUACAUAGCGAUGUAUUAUUACAAGACCCUCAGAUACAUUAAAGCUUUAUCUAUUAUUGAGAUGAUCAAGGUUAAGUUAGCACAGCCAAAGGUGAUGUAUAUCGGAAAUAUAUAUACAGAGAUGUAUACUGAGGUUAUAGGGGGGCAGUCCUGGUCUACAAGGAUGAGACAGGCCGUAGCAAUAGAUAUCAUACUUCAAUAUGAUAUCCAUUACAUCAAUGAACUGAUACCAGAACAACAGUCUGCUCGACAGAAUCAUAAUAUUUCAUUAUAUAUUCCACCCUUUAUUCUGUUAUACAUGCUAGAGAUCUUGUGCUACAGACAUGUAGACACAAUGAGAGUACAAACAGCUCUAGAUGAUCUACAGACCCUAGUUCACUAUGAUCAGGGAUGGUUUAUACCUACUCUAUCUAGGGACAUAUCGUGGCAGAUUCUGGGGAUCUGUCAACAGGUGACGGGGAACCACCAGGCUGCUCUAUACUCAUACCAACAAUCUCUCAGACAAAAACCAACCAACAAUAUACAAACAGCUACAAGAAUGAGAAUACAGGAAAUGAUGUAUUCACUUUGA